CUCUCUGUAUGCAUUAGAGACCCGAGCUGCAUCCCUGAUCUACCGCAACCGUGAAGAUGGCGGCCCGGGUCGUAAUAUUUUUCAAGACAAUGCAAGCGGCGCGAUGCCCGACAGAUGAGCUGUCGCUGACUAAUUGUGCCGUGGUGAGCGAGAAGGAUCUGCAGUCCGGACAACACGUGACUGUGAAGACAACGCCCAACCACAAGUUUGCAUUUACAGUCAAGACCCACCACACUGUGGCACCUGGAAGUAUCGCCUUCAGCCUGCCGCAGAGGAAAUGGGCCGGUCUCUCCAUUGGUCAGGAGGUGGAAGUGUCCAACUAUACAUUUGACAAGUCCAAGCAGUGCAUUGGCGCCAUGACAAUCGAAAUUGACUUCCUGCAGAAGAAGAGCACCGACUCCUCUCCCUAUGACUCGGACAAGAUGGCUGCCGAGUUCAUCCAGCAGUUCAACAACCAGGCCUUCUCUGUCACCCAGCAGCUAGUGUUCAGUUUCUGCGAUAAGCUGUUCGGCCUGGUGGUGAAGGACAUCGAGGCGAUGGAUGCCAGCAUCCUGAAAGGAGAGGCAGCCUCAGCAAAGAAACCGCAGAAGAUCGACGUCGGGCUGAUGGUGGGCAACAGCCAGGUGAUAUUUGAGAAGGCAGAGAGUUCUUCCCUCACACUAGUCGGUAAGGCCAAGACCAAGGAGGCACGACAGACCAUCAUUAACCCAGACUGGAACUUUGAGAAGAUGGGAAUUGGAGGUCUGGACAAGGAAUUCUCUGACAUCUUCCGCAGAGCCUUUGCAUCUCGUGUCUUCCCUCCCGACAUCGUGGAGCAGAUGGGGUGUAAGCAUGUGAAGGGCAUCUUGCUGUUCGGCCCUCCAGGCUGUGGUAAAACACUGAUGGCCAGGCAGAUCGGGAAGAUGCUCAACGCCCGAGAGCCAAAAGUCGUCAAUGGCCCAGAGAUCCUCAACAAGUACGUGGGAGAGUCUGAGGCCAACAUCCGCAAGCUGUUUGCUGAGGCGGAGGAGGAGCAGAAGAGGCUGGGAGCCAACAGUGGACUCCAUAUUAUCAUCUUUGAUGAGCUGGACGCCAUCUGCAAGCAGAGAGGCACAGGAGCCAGCAGCACGGGCGUGCACGACACUGUGGUCAACCAGCUUCUGUCCAAGAUUGACGGUGUGGAGCAGCUCAAUAACAUCCUGGUCAUUGGUAUGACCAACAGACCUGACCUGAUAGAUGAUGCUCUGAUGAGGCCUGGAAGGUUUGAGGUCAAGAUGGAAAUUGGUUUGCCCGAUGAGAAGGGCCGCGUGCAGAUCCUGAACAUUCACACCAGCAAGAUGCGAGGCUACAAUCUCCUGGCACCAGACGUCGACAUCAUUGAGCUGGCAGCCGAGACCAAAAACUACAGUGGUGCAGAACUGGAGGGCCUGGUCAGAGCUGCUCAGUCCACUGCCAUGAACCGUCACAUCAAGGCGACAUCUACAGUCGAGGUGGACAUGGAGAGAGCAGAGAAGCUGCAGGUCACCAGAACAGACUUCAUUGGAUCCCUCAACAACGACAUAAAGCCUGCGUUUGGUACAAACCAAGAGGAUUACUCCAGCUACAUCAUGAACGGCAUCAUCAAAUGGGGCGACGCGGUCACCCAUGUAAUGGAUGAUGGAGAGCUGCUGGUGCAGCAGACCAAGAACAGUGAUCGCACACCACUGGUGGCUGUGUUACUGGAGGGUCCACCCCACAGUGGAAAGACAGCACUGGCAGCUAAGAUCGCAGAGGACUCGCAGUUCCCCUUCAUUAAGAUCUGCUCUCCAGACAAGAUGAUCGGACACUCGGAGAUCUCCAAGUGUCAGGCUAUCAAAAAGGUGUUCGAUGACGCUUACAAGUCCCAGCUCAGCUGUGUGGUGGUGGAUGAUAUCGAGCGUCUGCUGGACUAUGUCCCUAUUGGUCCUCGCUUCUCAAACAUGGUCCUUCAGGCCCUGCUGGUGCUGCUGAAGAAACCUCCACCCAAGGGUCGGAAGCUGCUCAUCAUCGGCACCACCAGCAGGAAGGAUGUGCUGCAGGAGAUGGAGAUGUUGGAUGCCUUCAGCACCACCAUCCACGCCCCCAACAUCUCUACUGGAGAACAGCUCGUUGACGCGUUGGAGCUUCUGGGGAGCUUCACCGACAAAGAGCGGGCCAAGAUCGCACAGCAGCUCAAAGGGAAGCGAGUCUGGAUCGGCAUCAAGAAACUCCUGGUGCUCAUUGAGAUGUCGCUGCAGAUGGACCAGGAUUAUAGAGUGACCAAGUUCCUGUCUCUGCUCAGAGAUGAGGGGGCUGACCGCAGCUUCUAUGAGUAGAGUCCCACCAUCAACAUCCGCCAUAAGGAACAAACUAAGGAGAAGACAAAGAUGGAGAGAUCUUCGUCCUUUCUUUCACCCUCUGCUCCAUCCGUCUAUGUAUCUGAAAUACGCCCGGUCUAUGAGAGGAGUCCACCUGUCCUCUGUCUCUCAGCAUGUUUCUACUGGCACUUAUCACCUGUGUCACCUUCUUCGUCGUCAGAAUGCUGACGCGUCACAGCGUCUCUGUUAUCUGUAAAAAGCAAGGUUGCAUUAUAAUGACUGUAAAAAAAAUGCUGUUUUGUGCAUCCUGCAUAAAAAUAACAAAAAAGGGUUCGUAAGUACAUAUGUUUUUAGCUAUAGUGUUUGAUGUAUAUGUUGCAUAUCUCUUGAAGGUAGUUAUUGUUACAGUACGGUGUGUGUGUGUGUGUUUAAAGAAAUGCAUACAGUAUAAACAGAAUACGUCAGAAAGUGACACAAAAGCCAUCUGAAUAUUAAGAAUCUACGAGAGGCUUUUUAGUAAACUUUGUUGUGGCUGUUAAAGAAAAAAAGAAAGAAUAUAUAAAGAAGCAGCAGCAGUUCCAUGUGUAAAUGUAAUCCCUUUAACUAUACAGUAUAUUCAUGUCCUGUAAAUAGUAUAUAUAGACCAAGCGAAGUACAGUAUAUCACCAAACUAAUUUAAACGAUCCGUCUAUUUGGUACGUUAUCAGUAUGAUUCUUCUUCCCCGUCGGUUCCUGUGAUAGUGAAGGUAAAUGUUGGAUAGUUGGCCUGUCUGUCUGUCUGUCUGUGUUCAGUUCAGUCUGCAGAGUGUAGCUAUGGAAUCAUCAGUGUUAAAGAUUUUUUUUAUUAUUAUUAUUAUUUUAUUUUAUUUUUUUAAAACAACAAUCUGCACUUUUAACAUCGACUCAGAAAUAUUUGACCUGCUUCUCGGAAGCUGUUCUUGUGGGAAUAGAAGUGCUACACGUUACUCUGUGUGUGUGUGUGUGUAAAUGUGACAACAGUCGAUGUUUAAUUUGUGGAGUUUGUGUUUUUUUUCCCUCUCACGUCGCGUGUUCUGUGCUUUUAGUCCCAACAACUUCUUCUCUUCCGACCACUACUGGUGUGUAUGCGCGUGUGCAUGUAUGUGUGUGUGUGUGUGUGUUUGUAAAUAUGUUUUAACAUGCAGGUGUAAUAAUAUUGCAAUAAAAAACACAGAUGCACAAGUGAAAGACACUUCCAA